UCUCGACCGUCGGGUCGGAUUGAAAGUGAAACUUUACGAUCUGGCGCUGAUGAGUGAUGAUGGAGUGGAGAGGCACGUCCGUUCGGACCCGACGCCGCUUUCACCCAUUCCAGCCCUUUUCGCGUCCGAAGGAGGAGGCCGACGAGGCAGUAAGAGGAGAAGCCCUCGCCCUCGGCGUCCCCGGGAUCUUCUCCGUCUUCCCGGAGCUCUCCUCCAUUCUCGCCCUUGCCGGCAUCAAUCCACGGUCUCCGGGGCUCUCCGACCUCCAUCUCAAGCCCUACUCGCCGUGCUCCGCUUCGACCUCUGAGAAGCUCCUCUCCCCAACCCCUAUCCGGCCAGCCCCCCUCCCCGAGCUCUCGUUCGUCGUCUCCGUGCGAGGAGGUCGGGGCUGGCGACUCGUGGUCCGGUUGCUAUUAGAGGUCAUCAAUCAAAAUUUUGGACGUGCUUCCAACUGGUUCAGAUAGCAAGUGGAAACUCUGUGAUGAACUGCAUUUCGUACGUAUCUUCUGCAGUUCUCUUUUCACAUAGGAGUCAUGUCAUCAUGAGGAGUUCUUUAUAUGGCUUUUCUAGUACAUCAUGGAAAAGUGGCAUACAGCAUGCUGGCAUUAAACUAUUUAAAUUGGAUUUCAUCUUGAUGGGAUUCUGUGUUCAAAACUUCUCCACUCGGCGUUCACAGACUCUGCGGUUGCCAAAGGUGAAGCCGCAACCAUCGAUGGAGGAAGAAAGUAAUGCAUUCUACGUUGUUCGGAAAGGGGAUAUCAUUGGUGUCUACAAUAAUUUAAGUGCUUGUCAAGCUCAAGUUAGCUCAUUGGUAUCUGAUCCUUCUGUCAGUGUGUACAAAGGUCACUCUCUCCAUCAAGAAACAGAGGAGUAUCUUGCUUCUCGUGGGCUGAAAAAUGCUUUAUACUCCAUGAAUGCAGUCGACUUGAAAGACGAUCUGUUUGGAAUCCUAACGCCUUGUCCUUUUCGGCAACCAGAUGGACUUGCCUCUUUAGUUGAUAAAACACCCAAAAAAAAGUCUUCUCGGAAAAGAUCGAAGGAUAUGCUGAAUAACUUAGAUGCAGUUAGAUCUACCCCGAUUGAACAGGCAAAUAAACAUCUCAAACUAAGGAAUUCUAAUGAGUAUGGGUCCUUGGGCAACCUACAAAGAACAACCUCCAAGCCCAGAAAUCAGCAUGUUGAUAUGGAAAGCACGUGCAUAAGCUUUGAAAUUGUGUCUUGUGUUCUUGAGUUUGAUGGUGCUUCAAAAGGAAAUCCUGGAAAAGCUGGUGCUGGAGCAAUACUUCGAACUGAAGAUGGAACUGUGGUUUCUCGGCUUUGUGAAGGUUUGGGUGAUGUGACCUGCAAUGUUGCAGAAUACCGAGCCUUGAUCUUAGGAAUGAAAUAUGCUCUUAAGAAGGGAUUUAAGCUAAUUCGUGUGCAAGGUGACUCUAAUCUUGUCUGUAUGCAGGUACAAGAUCUUUGGCGAACCAAGAACCAAAAUUUGGCUAACUUGUGUAAAGAGGCAAAAGAACUAAAGGACAUGUUCCUAUCAUUCAAGAUCAGCCAUGUCAAAAGGGAGUUCAAUUCCGAUGCUGAUGCUCAAGCAAAUCUAGCUGUUGAUCUUCCUAUUGGCAAAGUUUGUGAAGAGCCUGGUGAACUUUUUGAUCUUCCUGUUGGCAAAGCCUGUGAAGAGCCUGACGAAGCUUCCUAAUUCUGAUUCUCGAGGCGGCUCUUUCCAUUUUGGUGUGUUCUUUUUGGGACUAAACAUCAAAGAUGCUGAAGCCCGAGUAUCUGCUUCACUGGUGGCACUGCCGAAAAAAGAACAGAUUCCGUCUAGCAUUCUUACCUCUAUUUAUGGGGAAUAAAUACAGGCUUAUGUACAGCUGCUUCAACUGUUACCAUUUGUUCUUUUUCUUAAUCCUUUUCCUCCUAAUGCCAUUAACAUCUUGUGCUAAUUUCAUGGCGAAGAAGGCAAAACAAAUGCCCCGUAAGCUGGGAAGUAAAAUGAAUACAGUGGUUUAGCAAAUAUACAUUAUUUAUUUAUUAGAGGUUCUGUAAUACUGAGUUAGCACUUUGAAGCAACAUGAUUUCUUUCUAGUUGAAAACAGCAGUUCCAAUGUCAGAGAUGUAUAAUACUGGUAAUCUGGUCUAACUAUGUCGAGCUUUUUUUUUUCCAAUAUUUUGUCAUGUAUUUUUAUGUGGUUCACAUAAAACUUGAGUGGAAUUGAUUUAGUUUGCCGAUUUUUAGUCCUUAAUAAUAUUUGGUGGCCUCCAAGUA